UAGCAGGAAGUUCUUAUCCAAAUACCCCGACGUCAGGCUAAAGAAAGAACCUGACUCCGGGUGGACCAAUUUAUAAGAUUUCAUGUAUACGUCAAGGUGCCUUCGGAAACAUGUCGGGACAUUUGGUAAACAACUUGUGUUCAUCGCAUAAACUCCCGCUGUUGGUUUUAUCUCUGCUUGUUGUUUAUAUCAGCUCCAUCAACUCAGCUCCUCUCGGCGAGCAGGAGCCAGAGACUUACAAUAAAUACUAUAAUUACACCGAACUUACUGACCUUCUUAAAAGUCUCGCCCAGAGAUACGCAAACAUCGCAAAUCUGACCAGCAUCGGCAAAUCAGUGGAGAACAGGGAGCUAUGGGUAAUGAGAAUCACCAAGGACCCCACUCUUGAUGGACCAGGAAAACCCAAAUUCAAGUACGUGGGUAACAUGCACGGAGACGAGACCGUGUCCCGACAGGUCCUGAUCUACUUACUGGAGUAUCUGCUGGAGAAGUACGGAGAAGAUCAGCGGGUCACAGAGCUACUCAACACCACCGAUAUUUAUAUCAUGCCGAGCAUGAACCCUGACGGAUUUGAGAAGUCUGUUGAGGGGGAUUGUACGGGCAGAGAUGAGGGUCGGCAUAAUGCUAAAAACAUCGACCUCAAUAGAAGUUUCCCAGACCAGUUUGAAGAGGUAGACGUGAAAGCAGAAGACAACCCUGAAGGUGUUGCUGUCAUGAAGUGGAUCCUGGAGAACAAAUUUGUGCUGUCUGGCAAUCUGCAUGGUGGGACAGUGGUGGCAAGUUAUCCUUAUGAUGACUCAGCUGGCCAUGAGACAGAGGGCACCUAUAGCAGAUCGCCCGAUGAUGCUCUCUUCAGUUAUUUGGCCCGGGUUUACGCAGAGAAUAACCCUGUUAUGAAAACUGGGGAGCCGAAGUGUGAAGAAAACUUAAGUGAGACCUUCAAGGAUGGCAUCACAAAUGGAGCAAAGUGGUAUGAUGUGGCAGGGGGUAUGCAGGAUUACAAUUACCUAAAGGGGAACUGUUUGGAAAUCACUAUGGAGCUCAGCUGCUGCAAGUACCCACCCUCAUCUCAACUCAGAACAGAAUGGGACAACAAUCGGGAGGCCUUGCUGGCCUACAUGGAGAAGAUUCAUAUUGGAGUGCGUGGUUUUGUGAGAGCCGCCAAGAAUGAAGCCCCUCUCGCAGAUGCUGUGAUAAUGGUUGCUGGCAUCAACCACAAUGUGACCACUGCACACUUUGGUGACUACUAUCGCCUGUUACUGCCUGGCAUCUACACCAUCACAGCUGUAGCCCCGGGCUAUGUUCCCAUGUCCGUGGACGGGGUGGAGGUGCAUGAGGGAAAAGCAACUGAGCUGAACAUCACCCUCGUGGCUGAGACUGAUGAGAAUCUGACCACCCUCUCAAUCCCAGAGUCCCUCACUGACACCUCUUCAGAUGACAGCAGCACCAGCACCAGCAAAGCAGCAGCAGAUGAAAAGCAGGGCUCCAGGGUUACGUUCCAGCCCCAGGACUUCCGCCAUCAUUCCUACAGUGACAUGGAGUUGUUCCUGAAGAAAUUCAGCUCUGAGUACAGCUCCAUCACACGACUGUAUUACAUCGGCAAAUCUGUGCAGGGGCGUCUCCUGUGGGUCAUGGAGAUCUCCGACAAUCCUGGUGUCCAUGAGUUAGGUGAACCAGAGUUUAAGUAUAUUGGUAACAUGCACGGCAAUGAGGUGGUUGGUCGUGAAUUGCUCCUCAACCUCAUCGAGUACCUGUGUCGCAACUAUGGCACUGACCCUGAAGUCACCCAGCUCGUCGAUUCCACGCGUAUCCACAUCAUGCCUUCAAUGAACCCGGAUGGAUACGAAAUGUCCCAAGAAGGAGAUAUUGAUGGCAUCCUGGGACGUAACAACUCUAACAACUAUGACCUGAACCGUAACUUUCCUGACCGUUUUAACCUCAUCACAGAUCCCAGACAGCCAGAGACCAUUGCUGUUAUGAACUGGGCAAAGAGCUACCCGUUUGUGUUGUCUGCCAACCUUCAUGGAGGCUCUCUGGUGGUGAACUAUCCAUUUGAUGAUAAUCUAGAAGAUGUUGUCAGAUACAGCAAGUCCUCAGAUGAUGACGUGUUCAGGAUGUUGGCUCUCGCUUACUCUCAGGAAAACGCUCAAAUGCAUGACGGUCAGCCCUGUAAGGAGCUGCUUCUGUACGAAGAACACUUUAAAGAUGGCAUCACCAAUGGCGCUGCAUGGUACAAUGUCCACGGAGGGAUGCAGGAUUGGAACUACGUCAACACUAACUGCUUUGAGGUGACCAUUGAACUGGGUUGUUACAAAUACCCACCAGCGACAGACCUGCCAAACUAUUGGGAACAAAACCGCAAAUCACUUCUGCAGUUCAUUCAUCAGGUCCACCGUGGGAUAAAAGGAAUGGUAAUCGACAGCAAAGAUGAAUCUGGCAUCCCCAAUGCGACCAUCACUGUGGACUCGAUCAAUCACUCCAUCACAUCCAACAUCGCAGGAGAUUACUGGCGCUUACUCGUCCCAGGAAAAUACCUUCUGAAAGUCUCUGCCCAAGGCUACUCAUCAGUUAGCACCUAUGUCAACGUGCCUAAGGAAGGAGUGGAGGUUGUUAAUUUCACAUUGACCCGGAUACACAGUUACCCAACUGGACAGAAGACGGAAGGCUCAACGCCAAUUCUGGAUCCCAGUGUGAAGGAGUUCCAGAACCUCAUCAAGCUGCUGUCAGGAGAAUCCGGUCUAGACCAGCUGAUCAAGGACACUCCCACCCAGAGCAGCUUCCGUUAUCGACGGUACAGCGAAGUUUCAGAGUUCCUGCGCAGCCUCACCCUGAACUUCCCGGAGAUUACCUCACUUCACAGUCUUGGUCAAAGUGUGGAGUUCAGAACCAUCUGGGCUCUGGAGAUCUCCAACAACCCUAAAGUCCAAGAACCAUCAGAGCCCAAGAUCCGGUUUGUGGCAGGUAUCCAUGGUAAUGCCCCAGUGGGCACGGAGCUGCUUCUGGAGUUUGCUGCCAGUCUCUGUGUUAACUACGGCAAAAAUGCAGCCAUCACCAAGCUCAUAAAUGAGACCAGAAUUGUUAUCCUGCCCAGCAUCAACCCAGAUGGACGUGAGAUGGCGAAAGAGAAAGACUGCACCUCCACUGUUGGCAUGAACAAUUUUCACGGCAAGGACCUUGACACUGACUUCUUCGGGAAUGCUUCUCAGCGUAAUGCAGAGCCUCAGCCAGAGACGCGCGCUGUGAUGGAUCUGAUCCAGGAAAAAGGCUUCUCUCUCUCUGUGGCUCUGGAUGGAGGCUCUGUUCUGGUCACCUACCCAUAUGACAAACCAGUGCAAUCUGUCGAAAAUGACGAUACGCUGAGAUAUUUGGCUACUGUGUAUGCAAAAAACCAUCCUACAAUGCACUUGGGCAAUACUGGAUGCCCAAACAGCAGCCAACUGAGCAACAUUCCUGAUGGUGUCCUUCGAGCAGCAGAGUGGCACAGUCACAUGGGAAGCAUGAAGGACUUCAGUGUGGACUUUGGUCACUGUCCUGAGUUGACUGUCUACACCAGCUGCUGCCUGUUCCCACUGCCUGAAAUGCUGCCCACGCUUUGGGCCGAGAACAGGAAGUCUCUUCUGAGCAUGCUGGUUGAGGUGCACAAAGGGGUUCGUGGAGUGGUCAAGGAUAAGAACGGUAAGCCCAUCGUGGGUGCUAUAAUAGUAUUGAAUGGUGGUGUUCGAGUUUUCACCGGUGAGGGAGGAUAUUUCCACGCCCUUCUGGCCCCUGGUUUACACAAUAUUGAAGCGGUGGCUGACGGCUACCAGCAGCAAUCCCAGAAGGUGUCUGUGUCACCUUUUGAAGCUGCAAGCUCCAUUAUUAUCGAAUUUGACAUGGAGAACGAUAUAUUUGGCCUGCCAAGAGAAUUAGUCGUGGCAAGUGCAGCUGCCGCAAUGACGGCCCUGGUUGUGACAGCCUGCAUCAUCUGGUGCGUCUGCUCAGCAAAGUCCAACAGACAAAAGGACGGAUUCCAUCGGCUACGGCAGCACAGGGACGACUAUGAUGAUGAGAUCCGCCUCAUGUCUAUGGGCUCCAAAAAGUCUCUCCUGAGCCACGAAUUUCAAGAUGAGAGUGAAAGUGACGAGGAUACACUAUACACCAACAAAAUUUAAGACCUUCUCAUCCUCUGAGUCUGUCCACUGCCUGCAGGGCCAGUAGAGGGCGCUCAAGGCCAGCACCAUUAUUGUCCAAACCAUCUAAAUCCCGAGAACCACUGCGGGAUGCACUUUAAUGCCCAGAUGAAAUCGGGCAAGCGUUUCGCACUGUAGUGUAUGCAAUUGACCAUUGCUCUCAACCAGCCUGCUUAGUUUUCUAGGUCUGUGUAAUACUGGUCCACUACCAUUUAUAAAGGAAAUCAAACAGCUACAAUCCAUCUUAAAAGGAUUAUGAAACACUGUGCCUUGUUAGAAUUAAGGUUGCAUGGACGCUGCAGUUGUGAGGAUGACAAUUUUGUAGUGUAAAUGAAAUUUUCUUCCCCUUUUCUCUGUGGACCCGUGUCAAAGUCCGGAAUCGUUUGGUUUGAGAAUCUGGUUUGCUCAUUGGCGUCAUCAUAAAUUUAUUAUGAUAAACAGACUGCUGUCAUACAGCAAGUGAAAUGGCCCAAAUAUUUUACAUUAUACCAUUUAUUCAUCCAAUUAGUAUGGUAUUUCAUGCAAGUAUGUAUAACAGAUUUAAACAGUAGCAUUAAACAUCUCAGACUGAGGUUUUUGAACUUGCUAAAUGUAGAUAUUUGCAUUUAAGCUUUUUCUCACCACCAUUGCACAUUAGUUAUAAAGGUUAUUCAUUCGAUACAUAGCAGACAAACUCGUGCUCAUUUACUGCCUUCCCAUUUCUCUUGUUUAAUAUUCUGGGGAAUACGGUGAAACGUUUAAUAAUAACUCCACUUUGGACAUGAUAGUGUUUAGUCUGUGUGUUUGUAUUUUUUUUUGUCUUAAUGUGCACUCUUCAAAAUGUUGUCCCUAUUUUGUUCAUUUUUUAAAAAAAAGAAGAAAAAAAUUAUUUAUUUUUGUUUUAAGAUCCAUCCAAUGAAAAUAUUUAUUUUGUUCACCCACUCUCAGGCAUCACAGAAAGAUCAGAAUAAGCAGUGCGGUCAUUACUACCAAUCAUGUAGUUGACAUAUUCAGGAAAUGAAUGAAAAAGAAUUCUAUUAACAUCCUAUUAAAAUUCAAUGGAAGAUUCAGGUUUUUAUGUAUAAUUCAUAUCAUUCUGUGCCAGACUGAUCAUUCAUACAGGGCAAAUAAUUGGGAAAAUUGUCUAUGAUUUAAUUAGUUGCUGAUCCCAUUACCAACAAAAUCGUAAUUAAAUGUUGCUUGAUGUUGAUUGUCAUGCUUGAAUGUAAAUGUUUGGGUGUGUUUGACUUUGAACAAAUGUGUCUAACUUUUCUAUGUUUGUGCUGAUGUUUAUUUUUCUUUCUUUUUUUAUACUACAAUGAUUGUACAUAUCGAAUUGUUGCCAACUAUAUGUAAAUUACACAAGUGCAAUUCCUUUCGAGAGAGAAAGAACUGCACAAAUAAACCUGUUUAUGCCCAGCAAACAGUUUGUUGCUACGACGUCAUCAGUGUUUUGAAUGGUGAAUGGUGUGUAAUUAAAUGAGAUGUAAAUAAAGAUGAAACUUUGUUCUGAA